AUGAACAAGUACCUGGUGCGAGGCCUCGGCUUCUUCAACGAUGCCUACGACCUCUUCGUCAUGAACAUCAUCAACGUCGUGCUCACCGAGCAGUACGGCAAGCACGUGUACACGUCGUACGUCAAGUCGUGGGUGUCCGCCGCUGCUAUCAUCGGCGCUGUCAUCGGCCAGCUGCUGUUCGGCUUUUUGGGCGACGUCUUCGGUCGCAAGGUCAACAUGAUCGCUACGUGUGUGCUGCUGAUCGUCGGCAGCAUUCUGUGUACCGUUGCGUACGGAGGUGAUGGCAGUGCGACGCUGUGGUUCCUGGUGGUGGCGCGUGUCAUCUUGGGCAUUGGUAUCGGCGGUGAAUACCCGCUGGCCGCUUCGUCGUCUGCUGAAGACUCGACGUCGAGUGCAGAGCGCAACACUCGGGUUGCCACUACGUUCUCGCUGCAGGGAGUGGGUCAGGUGGUGGCUGCUUUGCUCGGUAACCUGCUUGUGGAGGCGCUUGCUGAUGGAAAGUCGGGUGAGAACAGCGACUCUCGUCUAGAGACGGUGUGGCGUCUGCUGUUCGCUAUCGGUUGCAUCCCUGCUGCCGUCAUCUGCUACUACCGCAUCACCGCUGAGGAGACCGAAGCGUACAAGGCGAUGCAGGAGCGUUCGGCUGCUGUGACUCGCGUGGGUGCUGAGAAGAAGGCUCGGUUGUCGUUCAUUCUUCGCCACUACUGGGUCAGCCUGCUCGGUACGGCCGGCACGUGGUUCCUGUUCGACAUCAUCUACUACGCGCAGAACCUCUUCUCCGCCAGUAUUUUGUCGGUUAUCGGCGUCAAGAACUCGUCGCUCCAGCAGGUGACGACCAUGAACGCGUUCGUGGCGCUUUUGGCUUUGCCUGGUUACUACGUGGCCAUCUACUUCAUCAACAGUCUGGGCCGCAAGAAGAUGGCGCUGCAGGGUUUCUUCUUCAUGGGCGUCCUCUGUUUGAUCCUGGCCAUCUUCUGGGACGACCUGCAGGACCAGACUGUGCUCUUCAUCGUGCUGUACGGCCUGACGCUAUUCUUCGCCAACUUCGGCCCCAACACGGCGACGUUCGUGCUGCCGACGGAGAUGUACCCGACUCCGAUCCGUUCGACGUGCCACGGCAUCUCGGCCGCUUGUGGCAAGGCUGGUGCGGCCAUCGGUUCGUUCGGCUUCUCCAUCUGGGUGUCGAACGAGAGCUUCGGGUAUGAUGGUGCCUUCUACACGUUCUGCGCCAUCGCCUUCGUGUCGAUCCCGUUGACGUGGUUCUGCGUGUUCGACAACGAUGUGCCGAUCGAGGAGAUGGACGCCGAGUUCUACCGCAAGCUGCACGGCGAGGACGUGUUCACGCGCGACUCGUUUGCCUCGAAGGGCGCUGAGCUGGACAAGGAAUCUGGCUACAAGUCUGCCACGACCCCGAGCGUGUCGUCUUAA